GGCCCAGAUCCUCGCAUUCCCUCGUCGGUGGUCACGAGAAGGCAGUCAAGAAUUCAGGUUUUUAGAUAAAAAAACGAUAAAAUUACCGAGAACCCCAAAAUUAAUCGGACGAACUCUAGGUUGAGUUCAUUUUUAACAAGCUAGUGCUCCAGUUCGAGUGGAAAAAAUGUGGUUAGAGGAGUGCGAUGGGUUUGCGGAGCUGUGUAGAGGUUAUCUACCUUACUACCUGCUCAUAGUGCUCCCGAUAUUUAUCGUGGUAUCACCAGUGAAUCCCGUGACUGCAUCCCACGAAUUACCAGUCUACAGAAUGCACCAGUACGACCUCCACGGAGUGGCUCAUGGAUGCAGAAGUGCCUCGAUACAGCUAGAAGCCAGAACCCUCAAUAGCUGGCAGACUUCUAGGCACUGCGUCAUCGCGAGAUUAUCCGAUAUCACGCCCGACGUAUUUUACACAAUCAAGAGCAAGGCUGGUGCUCUUAUCCUCAUGCUGCCGAAGGACAUGAAGAGUCUGACCCAAGACGAGCACCAGCACAUUUUGUCGCUCGAGGUCUCCAUGGAGUCCAGUGGAGAGACAACAAUUCCAGUCUACUUCUCUCCCUGGAACUCCGAUCUCCAAACAAUCCUCAAUGAUCUCGAGCACGGCCUGAUAACAGACGCAAAAGCCAACUCAGAGCUACAGAAUCUGAUAAAUUCCAUAUCUGCGAGUGGAUACCAAGUGAUUGUGGCAACUGGUCAGCCAAUGCCAAAAACGGACGUUAAAAUCGCCACUAUUCAGGGAAAAUUGGCUGGUGCUGGGGUCGAAGAGAAAUUGCCAACAGUUGCAUUAGUUGCUCAUUAUGACAGUAGUUCAGUUGCCACUGAAUUAUCUUUUGGGGCAGAAAGCAAUGCGUCAGGUGUCUCUAUGCUCCUGGAGUUGGCUAGAUUAUUCUCAGCUCUUUACUCGAUCAAUAAAUCACGAGCGAAGUAUAAUAUUGUGUUUCUUCUGAGUGGUGCUGGCAAAUUGAAUUAUCAGGGGAGUAAAAAGUGGCUUGAGGAUCAGUUCGAUGGUGUUGAGGGCUCUGUCAUUCAGGACGCCUCAUACGUGAUUUGCCUCGACUCAGUAUCGAAGUCCGACGAUCUCUACCUCCACGUGUCGAAGCCCCCGAAGGAGAACUCCUUCGGCAGUUUAUUCUACAAAGAAUUGAGUGCAGUAGCUCAGGUCAUUGGUGGGACAAAAAUCGAGGGCAUCCACAAGAAGAUAAAUCUUGCAGAGGAGAGUCUGGCUUGGGAGCACGAGAGGUACAGCAUAAGACGUCUCCCAGCAGCGACUUUAUCGAGUUUGAAGAGUCACGAUGAUCCAGGGAGAACUUCAAUUCUCGAUGUGACGAGAGAGGGACAGACUGACAAGCUUCACAGACACACUUCCAUUGUUGCUGAGGCUUUAGCUAGGCAUUUGUAUGGAGUUAACUCAACGAAAAUAUUCUCACCCCCUGUGGAAGUCUCGAAAGAGUCCUUGAGCGUCUGGAUGAGUUACUUAACUUCUCAAUCGAGAUCAGUGCCACUUUUAGCUGAUAAAAACAAUCCACUAGUUAAUUCUCUUCAAGAAAUAAUGUCACGUUAUUUGAUAGACGUCAGGACGACGUUUCAUACGCCUGACAAGAGAGAUCCGGAGUUUGUAUUUUACGAUAUUUCCAAGACGAAUAUGAAUGUCUACAGUGUCAAGCCAGCCAUAUUCGAUCUAUUCCUCACGAUAGCAAUAAGUUUGUACCUGGGAAUGGUAUACCUAAUCGUCCACAAAUUUUCACACCUCUACAAUUUGACAGUCCAGAUGACAGUGAAAAACAAAGUCUCAUAAAAAAGAAAAUGAAGAGCCAAAGAAAUUUAUCCUCGACAAUGCGUGAUUGGAGGAUUGAACGAUAAUUUUCGUACCCAAAAAAUCGUCAUUCGAAGGAAGAUGCCAUAGUUAACUAGUGGCUAGUGCAUAACCCGUCACGAAAUUCGCUAGUCCCCUGGGCCUUAAACAUGAGAUUUAUCAUCAUCGAUUUUCGGUGAUAAACUCCUUGGGAGAAUCUUCAAAUUCUCUCGACUCCUUCCAUGAACAAGUAAAUAAAAAAUCAUUGCUCACGA